CCACCAUGUUCUACCACGGUGCCGUGUGGCUGACGUUUGUGGUCUCCCUGUCCACUGUACUCGGCCUCCAACAACUGACCCCGGAUUCCCGGCGAAAUGUUAACGACUUCAUCCACACUGUUAUGAAAUGUAACAAUAUCCCAGGCUUGCAGAUCUCCAUGGUAACGAGCGAACGAACGUUAUUAGCAGAGGGCUACGGCCUUAAAAGACUCCGUUCCGGUGAACCAAUGACGUCAUCAACUCUAAUGGGCAUUGGGUCCAACACCAAAAGCUUUACCGCCAUGUUAGCAGCGCUUGCCGUCCAGGAGGGCAAGUUGGACUGGGACAAGCCCAUCGCGUAA